UUCAUCUUACGAUAAUUUUUCAACACCUUCAUACGAUAUUCAUUACACCAUCAACAUCUAUACCGUCAUCUCGUCUUACCUCAUUUACACAAUUAGUGUAUGUCACUACUACUUGUUUUCAUAUAGCCACUUUAUUAGCUCACAUAUUCAAAAAAAGUCAAGUAGAAAAAGCUUUC